GGCACGGAGAUGCAGGAAGCUGGCGAGAGGGGAGGGAUGACCCUGCUUUGCAAAGGGGAGGAGGCAGCAGCUUUUAGCCCAUGGGACAGAGGCAAUUCCUCGUCACUGCCCGCGUUUAGUUUCGAUUCCGGCAGAGCCCUGCCUCUCAGCCCUGCCCCGGAGCUGCCGCGCCAUGGCCCGGGCAGGGGCAGGGGCUGUGCCCGGGCUGAGGGAAGAGCUGACCUGUCCCAUCUGCCUGGACAUUUACAGGGAGCCCACGUCGCUGGGCUGCAGCCACAGCUUCUGCCGGGACUGCAUCCAGCAGGCGCUCCGGGGCCAGCAGAGCUCUGCCCGCUGCCCGCUCUGCCAAUCUCCCGUCUUGGAGCGGCAGCCCAACUUCCACCUCCGCAACAUCGUGGAGAAAUUCAUGGAUGCUGCUGAGCGCCGGGAGGAGGAAGCGCAGGAAGGGCAAUGCGAGGACACGGGGGAAGGCUCGGGCAAGCCGGAGGAGGCGGUGCUGUGUGAUUUCUGCCUCCAGGAGCCCCAGCCCGCGGUCAGGACGUGCCUGAGCUGCGAAGCCUCCCUGUGCCAAGCGCACCUGAGCAAACACAACACCAGCAGCGCCCAGAGGAACCAUGUGCUGGUGGAGCCCUGCCGUGGCCAGGCCUUGGCUGAGAGGAGGUGCCCCAAGCACGGCAAAAUGCUGGAGUGCUUUUGUAAGACGGACAAGGAGUGCAUCUGCAUCCUGUGCUCCGUCCUCUCCCACCAGAACCAUAAGAUCGUCGGUUUGGAGGAGGCUUUCAAAGACGCCCAGAUAUCUUUUCCUGAAACUCUGGGAGCACUGAAACACAAUGAAGCUGUACUGGAUCAAGCCAUAGCAAACCUGGUGCAGCAAGAGAAUAAACUAAAGACUGAGGGGAGCCAGCGGAGGGAACAGCUGGAGAGCCUGUUCAAGGAGAUGCAUAAGCAACUAGAGGAGAAAAAACAAGGGGUCCUGAAAGUUCUCACUGACUACGAGAACCAACAACUUUCUCGGAUUCAGACAGAGAUGAAUAAUCACAAGGAGAAGAAGGAUUCAGCCAGCCAUGACAUUCAGGAGCUGCAGGCUCUGAGAAAUGAGAAGGACACACUUCUUUUCACCAAGGCUUUUGCAGCAAUUGAUGCCAGGAAACAUGAGCCAGUUCCUAGAGUGCAUGGUGUGGCAGUACCAAAUCCCCCCAUUAUUUUGAAUAAGUUAACAACAGAUGCUGUUCUGGUACAAUUUCGGCAAUUCCUCUCAACUGCAGAUGCUUCCUUUAAGCCACCACCAGCUGUAACAUUCAAACCUACUACUAGUUCCUUCUCAUUUGGUGGUGGUAGAACACAACAUGGAUUCAUGUUUGGACAUGACCCUUCAUUUUCUUCCAGUUAGCCUAAUGAAAUACAAAUUCAGUUGCAAUCUUAAUGGUAACAAUCACAGAAAGGAGGGAGGAGGGAGGGAAAACCCAGCCACAACUAAUGAUGCACAGCACAGUUGCUCCCCCCUCACCUGCUCUGGUGUCCAGCAGUUGGCUCCUUCUGGCCAUCUCCCCCCAGUUCAUAUACUGGCCAUGGUGUUCUAUGGUGUGGAAUAUCCCUGUGGCCAGUUUGGGUCACCAGCCCCAGCAAGGCUCCUUCCCAGCUUUCUGUGCAUCUCCUGGCUGGCAGAGCAUGAGGCACAGAAAGGUCCUUGGCGCAGGUUAAGCACUGCUCAGCAGCAGCCAAGCCAUCAGUGUGUUAGCAACAUUAUUCUCUACUGAACCCAAAACUGAACCAGCUGCUGAGAAGGGAAUGAAUUCUCAUGAAUGGAAUUCUCACAGUUGGAAUGAAUCCCAGCCCAAACCAGACAGGACUCCAGUGCAUGGAGCCACCCCAGACAUGCAGGGCCACCAGAGCUGCUGGGAGGAGGAUACCAGCAACGUGAGCUGCUGGAAGUUUGCAAUUGUUUGUGCGUGGUUUGAAUGCUGCCUGCAAAUGCCUCAUAAUUAGUUCUGUUUGUUCCUUAGGUGAAGAAUAUUGGUGGUAAAAAAAAUACUUUGGCUAUGAAGACUGAACAUCCUGCUGCGAACUUCAGGCUUACAAAGACAGGAACCAUCAGUGUGUGGAAGCUGCUGUAGUGGUGUGGGGACAAGGUGUUAUUUUGUAUUUUUGUGAGCCAUGCAAAGAGGCUGUGCUAAGGUGGCCUAUCAGAAAUGGGACUGUGGGCUGUUGUGACGGGGGUGUAUCACAGCACCCUGCCUCUUCCUGCAAGAGUCCUCUUCUAUUUGUUCUGUUAAUCAGAAUGGAAAUACCAUUAGGUUGUUCACUUUUGCUCAGCUGUAUCAAGUACUGCGUUGGGUUCAUGUUAUUAAAGUCAUGAUUUUAG